GUGCGAGUUCAUACGUGCGUGACACUUUGCUUAAGGUCGUGACCUUCUGACACACCAAAAAACAAAUCGAACGUUAAACGCAUUUCGAUUGGAUAAGUAGAAAAGGGAGAUUCCACAUUCAACCAGUCAUAGUACGUUUUACAUGACGUAAGCCUGUCCGCAGUUGGUCGAGUUCUCAGUCACGGAGAGCGCGUCUGCUACAUCUGGGUAUCGCGUUAGAUACUAACGAAGUUUGAAAGUAAAUCUCUUUUCUAGCAGUCUCAAAGUGUUUUAAAGUGUACCCAGGCAGUCUAACCAAGCUCCGUCUUAAGAUUGGUAUGGAUUGAAACCAUGUAUUUGACGCCAGCAUGGUUGUUUUUCACCCUCUUCUCAACUUUCCGCUACACAGCGACAGUCUCCAUGUCUUCUUUGGGUCAGCAGGCGGCUGUGGGGUUGAAACCACUGGGGUCAUGUAGCGUUGAAAUAGGCGGCGAUGCCAGCAGUGUCAUAAAUUUAGAACCCAUCGCAAGAAAGGAUGGGUUUCCUAGGUUUAUUACACAGUUCAACUCCACAGAUGGUGUCUGGAACUAUACAUUCAACCCUUGUCAUUCAUAUGAUUUUCCAAAACCCAAUCCACAUGUAGGGUUUGGAGACAAGUGUCUUAGUGUGUCUAUCUGCAAGUAUGGCAUGCAGAAUAACAGACUCCACCUGUUCACCAUGGGUAUCCAAGGAGAUAACAAGAGUCGGUUUCAGGCUGUUGUUGACCAAAGCAAUAAGACCUCAGUUCAGCUUGUUUAUGAAGGCCUUGAGUCUAUGCGCAAACGUAUCACAGUUAUCAGACUAGUUUGUGAUGAAACCCAAAAAGGUCCAGAAGGAGGUGUUUUCACCAUCAUAGAAGACUUUGGUGUGAAACCUGUGGUAGCAGAGCUGCGACAUGAGUGUUGCUGUUUGGGAACUUGCAAGGGCCACUUUGUCAACAUCACAGCAGACAACUCCAAGCAGAAGCCAAAGAAAGAUGAUGGCGGAAUGAUGCUAAUCAUAGUCGGCUCUGUGGUGACCAUCUUGAUGUUGGUGGCUCUGAUUGGGGGCCUGUGCUAUAUCAAGAAAACACAUGUCCAGUUCUAUUCCAAGCUACCUACUUUAAACUCCAAUCUGCCUGGACAGUCCAUUAUAAAUGGAAAAACUACAGAUUUUAGAGACUAUGAACCAGCUAGUGCAUCACGGAAGAAACUACUUCCCGUUCUUGAAGACACUAUGAUCAACUCAGACUCGCUGGAAAUGUGCCAAAGGCUGGGUGGUGGCAUAUUUGGUGACACGCAUCUGGCAAAGUGGAACGAGAUGACUGUUGCUGUAAAGCGUCUGGCACUGCAAGUUCAUGAAAAUCCAAUCACACCAGAAGCCAUUAAGCUAAUGAAGAAUGAGAUAUGGUUUCUUGGUCGACAACGACACAAAAAUAUAGUUGCUGUCCUGGGACUUUGUCUGGAUGGAAAGAUACCCUCAAUCAUUACAGAAUAUGUCAUAGGUGAAUGUUUAAAAGACUUUUUGAAAGUGCAAGGAAGGCUUCUUUCAUGGUCUCAUCGUGUCAGAAUGUGCACACAAGUUGCUGAUGGAAUGGCCUUUUUACAUUCAACCAAGCCCCCAAUUAUUCAUCGGGAUCUUCGCUGUGGCAAUCUCUUUCUAUCAGACAAUGAUCUUGUAAAGGUGGCUGAUUUUGCACUUGUCAAGCUUUUACAACCAAUAAGAGAAGAGUGUCCGAUUGAUGACUGUUACUGUCGUAGGACCAUGAGUGCCUGUCCUGCCAGCAUUCGCUGGACAGCACCAGAACUCCUGAAUGAUCCCAUGUCUAAGGAAGGGAUUAUAGAUAAACAGGCCAAAGAGAAAGGGGAGGCAGUCAAACAAGCUAUCACUCCUGCUUGUGAUGUGUAUUCCUUUGCAAUGACCAUGUGGGAAAUUCCCAUGUGUGAAGAUCCAUUUGAAGAGAUCAGCACAGAAACAGAGGUAAUUGAAAUAGUUAAAAAUGGUGGUCGGCCAGACACUCCAUCAAGCAUAGACUUGAUGCCACAAUACAAAGAUCUGAUGAAACAGUGUUGGGAUCAGCAACCAGAACAAAGGCCACACUUCAAACAGAUUGCAACUUGGCUGAAAGACAUGCAGUCACAAGCAAGGUCAUACCAGAAACAGUUAAACAAUCGUCAGAGACUAAGAAAACUGCAGGAAUCUGAGAACAUGCAAGCAUGAAGAAUUUUACUUCUACUUUUGUUCUAGUCCCUUCAAAUAAGUGUUGAUUGUGUGAUCUGUCUUAGAGUAAUGGUGCUCCAGUCCCUAUAUAUCUGUGUUUCUCUGUUAUGUAAAUUUUACCCUAAAUGUUUUUCAAAUGCUGUGUAAGUGAAGACAUGAAAAAAUUAUGUAAAAAAACUGCAACACGCAAGUCUGCUGCAUGUGAUUUUUUGUUACACAUGGAGGGAGUUUGAAGCUGCAUAUGGCUGUUGCAUCAUGUGGGCUUGCUAUAUUUGCUAAGCCAGUGCUAUAAAAAGGAGAAGACAUUGUGUCAGUUCUUCGACAUUGGUUUCGAAGCAUGGAGAAAUGUUUUUGCUGUUCUGAUGCUUCACCAUAAAUAAAAAUGUAUUAAAAAGAAUAAAAAUAAAGAUUAAAAUGUUGGCAUAGAGGAGUGGUGCUUUUGAAUUAUUGGCUGGAAGAAAAAAAAAAAGAACACCUAUGUUCCUGUUUACUGCCAGCUCUGUUAUAUCCUAGAUACAUACUUUUAUUUCUGAUUUCAAUGAUGUCUGUUUGGGAACUUUGUUGCAGCCUUGCUUUUUUUAAAGUCUACUUUUUUCAAAACACCACUACUUCUUUUAUAAGGUCAAUGAUAUUUCUGUGAGAUAUUCGUUGCAUUUUAAAUUUUUCUGUAUAUAUUCCUUGUUCAUUUUGACUUCCUCAUUUAUCAGUCAUUAAAUGUACAGAAGGAUACUGGUGUGAGACAUGUUUAAAAGAAGUGUGUGUUGAUGUGCAACGUUUUUGGUGCAUCGUAGGCAUCAGGAUUCUAUUUUAUGGAAUUAAGUGGACUAUUCAUUUAGCUAUGAGCAUUUCUGUAGAACUAGAUAUUUGUCUGUGAAAUUUUUAAAAAUUGUAAAUCCCUUUCCAUUUCGACAUAAUCUUUAUGCAGAUGUCUUUUUCUGCAUUAAAUUGUUGCAUUAUGUCUUUAUUUUGUCAUGUCUCCACUUUCUGCAGUAUUUUUUUAAAUCGGAAUAUGUGUGCUCUAACACAUUUCUUUCUACCUAAAAAUGGCAAGGGUUAAGGGAAUAGAAAUGCUUUCACUGUGAUGUAUACCCUUUUGGUCUGGGCAUUCUGGUAAUGCUCUAUGUAUGAAGCAGAUUUUGAUCUUGACGAUGAUGAAGUGAUGAAUGAAUAAAAAGAUGAAUGAAAGAAUUCAGACAGAUUUUAUGACAAGAAAAUUUUUUAAACUUGCUCCUUCAAGGAGAUUUGUAUGAAAUGUUUAUAAAACAUAAAAUCUGUAGAUUGUGCAUGGUUUUAAUGAUUGUAUGAAAGAGCUUAUGCAUUUGCCUAUGAUUAUUGAAAGUGCAAUUUCUGUGAUGUGUGAUAUAUACUUUUUCAUUCAUUUCAAAAUCAUUUCCCUUUCUGUCAUUGUACUGAUUUCCUUGUCAUUUUCUACACUUAUAACUCACUGGGCUCUUAACAAUUUACUGCAAAAUUGCAAUAAAAGUUACAUGAUGACUAUAGUCACAGGGCCUAGUGUAUUAAAAUGGGUUAUCUGACUAUGUUCACGAAACAACAAGUUAAAGGCAACUGUGCCUACCCUCGCUUGUCAUCUGUAUUAUCAGCUUUUUGUUUAUUCAAGCCUUUGGUCUCGGGCACAAAGUUUUUAAUUUAAUAAGCAAAAUUUCCCAUGUCCUAAACCAACUCAAAACAAUUAAGAAAUGCAAGAAAACUUUUUGUUACCAUAGUGACAAAGCAUUAGAUUCUUUUCCAAGGCCUUGUCUACCCAUCACAUCUUAAUUUGCCAUUGCAGGCAUAUACUAAGUAAACAAAGAUUGUACAACAGUUCUACUGGCCCAAAACUGCUUUGUCAUUUUUGUCAUGGCAUCAAAGUUAACUGUGCAUGUAUUUAGUCAAGUGAAGCCGCAUUUGGAAAAGUUGCAUGAAGGCUAAGGCCAACAAGACCAGGUUCCAUGAUUCAAAAUAAAAGGGAAAAUGAUGCAAUUCUCCAGAUUUGGGGACCUUGAUCUGAAGUGUAUUUUGGUCAACAAAGUGCUUUCCAUGUUCUUCAACUUGGAGUGAAUUUUUCAUGGUGGAAGAAGGGAGGUAAAAAUCAUUUGAGGUUAGGGAUAAA